AUGAGAAUGUGCUUAUUAUCUAAGAACAAACUGAAGUUUGUUGAUGGUUCAAUACCGAUUCCAUCAAAGGAUGAUGCUAUUUUUUCAAUUUGGGAAAGAUGUAAUACAAUGGUUUUAUCUUGGAUUCAAAGAUCUUUAUCUCCAUCAAUAGCACAAAGUAUUAUGUGGAUUGACAGUGCUUUGGAAGUCUGGAAAGAUUUGUUUGACAGGUUUUCUCAGGGUAAUGCUCUUCGAAUUUCUGAUCUUCAAGAGGAAAUUUAUGUUUUUAAGCAAGGUACUCUUUCUGUUACUGAUUUCUUUACUCAACUCAAGAUAUUGUGGGAUGAGUAUUCUAAUUUGAGGAUGGUUCCUGUUUGUACAUGUAAUCCACAAUGUAAUUGUGAAGCAUUAAAGACUGUUAGAAAUCAACAUGAAGGAGACUAUGUUAUUAGGUUCUUGAAAGGUUUGAAUGAAAAUUAUGCUACUGUUAGAACUCAGAAUAUUGAACUAGUAGUUUUUGCAGCUCAGGGUAAUGUUUCUUAUCAGGGAAGAAAUUCUUUCAAUAAUAAUAGAUCUUUUAUUAAUAGACCUCCUAUUAAUAGUGCUAAUAAUGGUUUCAAUAACAAUAGUUUCAAUAACAAUGGUGCUAGAACACAAGGACAGAGAAGGUUCUUUACUAAUAACAAUGAUAAACCAGUUUGUAGUCAUUGUGGUUUUUCUGGACACACAGUGGAUAUAUGUUUCAAGAAACAUGGGUAUCCUCCUGGUUAUAAACCAAGAGUUAGGACACAGAGUUUUGUUAAUCAAGUUGGAGAUUCUAUAAUUGGGAAUGAGCAAGAGCUGUACUAUAAUGAUCAAGGUUGUGAUAACAAUGGUUAUUAUGAAGAAAUUAUGUCUGAGAAUGAAAGGAUUGGGAGAAGUUUUAACAACAAUCAAGUUUUAUCUGAGUCAAAGGAGAAUGUACCUGUAUUUACUCAACAGCAAUAUCAGCAGCUUAUGAGUAUGCUACAAUAG